AUGGUACGAUUCAACAAUGAGUCCCUCCAGGUCUGCGACCGAGACGACAAAGUGGUCAUGGCUACCUUCAUCAACGGGCUACGAAAGCAGAAGUUAUACACUGAACUCGUAGAGAGACCUCCCAAGUCAGUUCGGGAGAUGCUGGACCGAGCUCACGAGAAGGCCAACGCUGAGGAAGCUAAUCGCUUGAAGAGCGCGCAGGAAAGGCAGAGGAACGACAAACGCCGAAGGAAUGCCAACCAGGGAGACGUGCGGCGUGACCAGGGGCGAAAGAAUACCUAUGACCGCCUGCCUAGGAGUCGGCCCCUGGGGGGAGAUAAGUCCUGGACUUCCCUCACAGUGCCCCGAGCUCGGGUCCUUGCGGUGAUGGAGCAAGAAGGGCUUUCCCGACCUCCCCGACCCUUGGCCAGGGACAAAAGCAGACGGGAUCAGAGCCUAUACUGUGCAUAUCACCGAGAUAUGGGGCACGAUACGGAGGAUUGUCGUCACCUCAAGAAGGACAUUGAAAAGUUGAUCAGACGAGGCCACCUUAGGUAG